GAGUGUCGGGUCGUGCCGCUUAACAGUUCUCAGAGAACCGCCGCCGGUACACAUCGCCCAGACCGGGCCACCUCCGUUUUACGGUGCUCUAUCGUCCAAGACUGUGUGGCCUACUGGUUGCCAAAGAGGUAGAGUCACAAGACAUCUCGGAGAUGUCCUCACGACAGUCUCUUCGUCGUGGGCCAGUAGAUGUGCGAUGUUGGCCCUUUGUACGGUGAUGUUUGUCCUACUCGGCGCCCCCGGAACAGAAGGCCAUGGUAGGUUACUCGAACCUCCCGCAAGAAACUCCAUGUGGCGAAUAAGCUACGACACACCCCCAAACUUCGAAGACAGUGAACUCUUUUGUGGAGGCAUAAAGGUCCAGUGGCAAGACAACGGCGGCCGGUGCGGAGUGUGCGGCGACGACUACGCGCUGCCACGGCCGCGACGUCACGAGACCGGCAACACGUACGCGCGAAAUAUCACGGUGAGGCGCUACGCGCCCGGACAGCUCAUCGACUUGGUGGUCGACGUCGAGACAAAUCACUUGGGACACUUCGAGUUCGCCCUCUGCCCCAGGUCGUCAUGGGAAGAGGCUGAGACCGAGGAGUGUUUCGACAUGCACCCGCUAACUGUGGUGACCGGCACCGGACCCAAUCGUAAGAAGUCCCACUUUUACACAAGAGAACCGCCAACCCGCUACCGGCUGCCAACGGCCGCCAACGGACUCUACAUGAUUCAGGUGCGGCUGCCGGAGAGGCUAACCUGCGAGUAUUGCGUCCUCCGCUGGCACUGGAGAUCUGCGAACAACUGGGGUGACUGCGGCAACGGCAAGAUGGGGCUCGGUUGCGGACCCCAGGAGACGUAUCGCAAUUGCGCUGACGUCGCCAUUGGAAACCGCAUUGGGCUUCGUGGACCUCUGGGAGCCAACGCAGUGCCUAAGCGCUUUAGGGCCACCAAACCAAUGAAAGUUCACCGCAUCUAAACUAGAAUCGAUAGCAGAACACAUUUCACGAAGCAACGCAGCUAACUUGCUUAUUUAUUGCACAAUAAAUGCGUAUUUCUUACCAAAACGCUAAAACAC